CAGCUCCCUGUCAAACACCUUCCCCAGAGGCAGCACCAGCAGCAUGAGGAGAGCCUCAUCCAACCAUGAAAUUGAGGGCUACAGCUCCAAUUCCAAAAGCGUAUUCAGGGAUCGGCAAACGAGCGAAGGUCCUUUCAACCAUGUGAAGUCCAGCCUCCUCGGCUCUACCUCCGAUUCAAACAUCAACAAGUACAGCACCAUCAACAAGCUCCCGCUGAUCGCUCUCAACUUCUCAGAGAUAACUGAGAAGAAACCUCAUUCUCCUCCAACGUCGGAGAAACCCAUCAUAGCACCUAAGGUCAAAGACCGAACCCACAAUGUCACAGAAAAAGUUACACAGGUCUUGUCACUUGGAGCAGAUGUGCUUCCAGAGUACAAACUACAGACGCCUCGCAUUGACAAGUUCACAAUCCUCCACUACAGCCCGUUCAAAGCCGUGUGGGACUGGUUGAUCCUGCUGCUGGUCAUCUACACGGCAAUCCUCACUCCUUACUCCGCUGCGUUUCUUCUCAAUGAGCAAGAGGAGCAUCGGAGGCGUGAAUGUGGCUACUCCUGCAGCCCACUAAACGUAGUGGAUUUAAUCGUGGACAUCAUGUUCAUCAUCGACAUCCUCAUAAAUUUCAGGACCACUUACGUCAACCAUAACGAAGAAGUGGUUAGCAAUCCUGCCAAGAUAGCGAUCCAUUACUUCAAAGGCUGGUUCCUCAUUGAUAUGGUGGCAGCGAUCCCUUUUGACCUUCUCAUCUUCGGCUCUGGAUCAGAUGUUACUGUACAUCCUGUUUAGACAACCACUCUGAUUGGACUGUUGAAGACGGCGAGGCUUCUGCGGUUGGUGCGUGUUGCCAGGAAGCUGGACCGUUACUCUGAGUAUGGAGCUGCAGUCCUGAUGUUGCUCAUGUGCAUAUUUGCCCUCAUUGCCCACUGGUUGGCUUGUAUUUGGUAUGCUAUUGGCAACGUUGAGAAGCCCUACCUGCAGCACAAAAUUGGCUGGCUAGACAAUCUGGCUGUGUCCAUAGGGAAAAGAUACAACUACAGCGACCCUAGCUCUGGCCCUUCCAUCAAGGACAAGUACGUCACAGCACUUUACUUCACUUUCAGCAGUCUCACAAGUGUGGGCUUUGGGAAUGUGUCCCCGAACACCAACUCUGAGAAGGUCUUUUCCAUAUGUGUCAUGCUAAUUGGCUCUCUCAUGUAUGCCAGUAUAUUUGGGAACGUCUCUGCCAUCAUCCAGAGGCUGUAUUCGGGGACGGCUCGCUAUCACGCUCAGAUGUUACGGGUCAAGGAGUUCAUCCGCUUUCACCAGAUUCCGAACCCGCUGAGGCAAAGGCUUGAAGAGUACUUCCAGCACUCGUGGACCUACACCAAUGGCAUUGACAUGAACACGGUGUUAAAAGGAUUUCCUGAGUGCCUGCAGGCAGAUAUUUGCCUCCACCUCAACAGAAAUCUUCUACACAACUGCAAAGCUUUCCAAGGAGCCACAAAAGGAUGCUUGAGGGCCUUGGCCAUGCGCUUCCAAACCACUCAUGCACCUCCCGGAGACACUUUGGUUCACAGUGGAGAUGUUCUCACAGCUGUCUACUUCCUGUCCCGUGGUUCCAUUGAGAUACUGAAAGAGGACAUUGUAGUAGCUAUCCUGGGAAAAAAUGACAUUUUUGGAGAAAUGAUCCAUCUUUUUGCAAAGCCUGGGAAGUCCAAUGCAGAUGUGCGUGCACUGAGUUACUGCGACCUGAGCACCAUUCAAAGAGAAGAUCUGCUGGAGGUGCUUGAUAUGUACCCUGAGUUUUCACAUUACUUCUUCAACAACCUGGAGCUUACCUUUAACCUCAGAGAUGAAUCUACCAAGCCCCCUAGUGUCCAAGGAUGUGAUUCAGACAGUAAGAGCAACAGAAGCAUGAAAAGAAGAAUCUCGUUCACCCCGGAUGUACCUGAAGAGGAAAACAAGGAGGUGGUUAAAGACGCUCAAAAGGAAAGAGGAUCCAACUUGAGCCUAAAGAGAUGUUCAAUUGCCCUUGGUUCUUCCUCACUGAGUGUUCCAGUCCUAGACUCGGAUCUUAUUGUCACAGACAGCUUGAGCAGAAGAACAUCUGAUGGAGAUCUGCGCUGUGAUAAAUGGGCCUCCAAGAAGCACACAGAAUACCUGGAUGAGUCAGCACACUUCCAGGACCUGCGAGAGGAGGAUAAUUCAGCCAGCGAAGUCACGUACGGAGAGGUGGAGCAACGCUUAAGUCAACUUCAGGAGCACUUAAACAGGCUGGAGUCACAGCUGAUCUCAGAUAUUCAGACCAUCUUGCAAAUGCUGCAGAGACAGCCGACUCUCGGACCCCCCGCCUACAGCACUGUGACUGCCAGUCCAAACUAUCAAAGACCUGCUGUGAAGGUUCAGCCAGUCGCUCUGACUGCAAGCCAUCUUUUCAGCCAUGCCAGCACUCAAACUCUGUGGAACUCGAGCCUAUGCUUUCUUUCUGUGUCUUCUCAGGGUCCCAGUUAUAAACUGGAGAGAGCCAUUCAGGAAUCCAAAGACUCCGUGCACAGCUUGGCCAUUGUGAACGAAGACAGCCUUACAGCAGUCGUUUUUAAACAGAGACAUGCAGACAAGCAUGCGCUGCAGCAACAGAUCACCGUGCACCAACAGUCGGCACUGAUUUCUCCUCCAGCUGAACUCUCUCCUGCCUCCUGUUCCUCUGCGCCGCCUUCUGACCCCAGCCACAGCAUCGAAAGACGCCACAGACUCGCCUCAGACCCAGACUUUCCAAGGCCAUAAACUUUUCAGGAGCACCACGUUCCAACACUGGGUUUCUAAAAUUGUUGCAACGCACUUGACACC